AUGAACGCGUCACGUGGAACAAGAUUGUCCGAUCGGUCGCAGAGUAACAGAAUACAUAAAUUAUUGCUGUCGGAGUACCACGAGUUCUCUGAGACUAUUUUGGUGGAGUCGCCGUUCGCGGAGACCACGAGAAACGGACGAGGGAUUCGUCAGGUCUCUCUGGGUCUUACACCGACUAGGUUGAUCGUUGCUGCCGACAUUCUUCAGACUAAUCCCGGUUUCUUUUGCCCGUCUUAUAUUGACGCUAGUAUUGAGAGCUUCGAACUCGUAUCUGUGUAUCCCUUAGAAUAUGUUACGCUCAGUGUGUUUAGGAGAAGACGUCGCAGGACUCUGAAGGCAAGAUUCAUUGACGGUCGAGUUAAUUAUUACGAGCUCGGUGGUGAGCGACGUAGGGUUCCUUGGAAAAUCUGGUGCGAGCAAAUACGAAGAUUACUGACAUACAAGACAAACGGUAGCUCGUUGUCUGAAACGACAGCAGCGAGCUCGUCGAGCAGUAGCGCCUUAUAUUUGCUAUCAUCUGAAAUAGAAAUCAAGAGUAAUCGCGAUGCGAGAUGCAAAAGAUCGAUAUUCAGAGUAUGGAGUCAUUAUGGAGGUGCCGGCGACUAUGUUGCUCCAACAUGGACCGAGAAGAACUUGUAUCUCGGACCGAGUUACAAUGAGUUGAUGAACGGCAAUUACACACCGGUUCCGGUGAGAUUCGCUGGAGCCAGCUUAGAGGAUCUUAGAUACGAGCUAGAAGAUCGCACAUCGCGUUACAUCGCUUGCGAGAAAUCCUGUCACAGUUGGCCGUGUCAGACAAAGUUUGAUGGUCGGGCAAGAUUUCAACGUGCCGGCGGACUCUGUAAUGUCCUUUUCGCAAGAAGUCGCAAUGUAUGUCAUUGCGAUUACGCCGCAAGUUGCAAAAAACGUCGAAACAUGUUUUUCGAAGACGAUUUCGUAGAGCAUGUGGAAAAUAAGUAUGGCAAACGCCAACAACAAUAUCAGAAUGAACCGAAAGGGACUUUAGCAAAAAUAUCGCGUUUUGGCUUCGGUGUGUCGGAGAAAUGCAAUUCCGAAUUGAUUCUGGGUCCUUAUCGCGGUGAUUCGGGCUACAAGGAUGUCAUUGAUGCUCGUAAGUUGCUCGAGAACGGUGUAACAAUUUGGGAGGACAAUUGUCGAUCCUUAAAGGGUCAGAGACAUCCGCGAAGAUACGGCUUAUCUUCGGCAGCGCAUUUUUUCCAUGCGCUCGGCCCGUGGUCGGUGCAACCUGGCGAGCGAGAAUCCGUACAGACUCUCAGAUCACCGAGUGCGGUCAACAUUCGCAGACAGCCCUCAGAUCCGGAGCUGAGACUUCCAGUUUCGCGCCGCCAGUUGACAGCCAGCAUCUCUUGCACUGCCUUGACCCCUGGCGGAUCCAAUAUUAUUGGUGCCGUCACUAGAGGACGAGUGAUACUCUUCUGGACGCCAGAAUAUUGGUACAGGCCUCAGGCAGCAGUGGCUGCCUACAGAGAGCUAAGGCAUCAUUUAGCGUCUCUUCAGAAUUUUCGACGCGGGAAGGAGAAGCAAUCGAAAGGAAAAUUCUUCUACCGACGAAAAAAUCGGAUAUCAAGCGAGAAUGACAAUACCGAAGUUGCGAUUACAAGAAAAUCCAGCAGUCUCUUGGACCGCGUGCUUUCUAUCAACGGCGCACGCAAACGCAAUGGAAAGACGAACAGAAACGUCAAUGUCGAGGAAGGCACGGCACAAUUGCGGAGAUUGUUAAGGAUGAAUCUUCGUAUUACCAUGUGGGACCUGGAUAGCACUACCUUCGCCACGCAACUCACGUCGAUCGAUCGUGAUCUCUUUGUUCGCAUUCCCACGACCGAGAUUGAGGCGCUGAUCUACCAGAGAUCGUCGCGCAACGCACCGAAUUUGGGUGCGUGGAUCGCCUUCAGCCACCGGAUCGCCUGCCUGACCGUUAGCGAGAUCCUCGCGAUUAAGCAGCUCGACAUGAGGACUAGGAUCAUGACGAGAUUUAUCAAUGCCGCUGACAAGUGUCUUGCGCUCGGCAAUUUUCAGUCUUGCAGAUCCAUCCUGGCUGGUCUACAGGCUCCACCGAUUUAUAGGCUUCGGAGAAGCUGGUCGUAUCUGAGGACGCAUCACGCCAGCAGAUACGCGACAAUGGAGAGGCUGUCCAAGAUUUAUAAAAGCCCACGAUGUUCAAAGUAUCGAAAAGUCUGGACCGUAGCAAAACGUAAUCCACCUUGUAUGCCAUACGUUGGUCAUUUUCUGAUUAAGGUUCUGGGAUUAAAUAGCCUGAAAGAAAUUCAAACGAAUUUUGCACCGUUUUUCACAAAGAAACAAUUAACCGCGCGAAUUCCUGGGACUUCAGAGUCUUUGUCUAUUAAUAAUAACUUCAACGAUCAUCAUUCAAGAGAUGACAAGAAUCUAAUAGAAUCCAAGCAAUCUUUAGCUAGGCGCAUUUUUACAGCGACACUUACUAAGAUGAAAUUCACGACCCACCAGAACGUCACUGAUGAAACUAAGGGCGAUGUCUGGACGUGCGGGCAGCGAUAUCUUGCACGCAGGUUUUUUAAUCGUUGGCGCGUGUUUACUUUGGAGAUGAAAGUACGCUCGCAAAAUAAUAGGAAAUUGAAAAAUGCAGAUUUGAGGAGAAGACGCGUUAUCGACAACGCAGCCUGGCUGACAGACUGCCAGAGAUUCGCGUUGGGCUACAAUUUUCCAUUAAACUCUUUUGCAUGCGAAUAUCUUCUGAAGGCGCGUUACAGAGAGGACCGCGAAAACUUCUUCAUCAGUCUCAUGCUGGAACCGCCGAGGACAACUUGA